AUGGCGAAGGCUCCAAAGAAGAGAUUUGGUACAGAUGCGGCGAAAGGAGCAACAGUGUCUGCUGAAAAGCAUAUGAACACUGUAUUUAAAUUCAAUACGAAUCUUGGUCAGCAUAUUUUGAAGAAUCCAUUGGUAGCACAAGGAAUCGUAGAUAAGGCUCAGAUAAAGCCAAGUGAUACUGUUUUAGAGGUUGGACCUGGUACUGGAAACUUGACGGUAAGGAUCUUAGAGCAGGCAAGGAAGGUUAUUGCAGUGGAGAUGGAUCCCAGAAUGGCAGCAGAACUUACUAAAAGAGUCCAUGGUACUCCACAAGAGAAAAAACUAGAUAUUUUAUUGGGCGAUUUUAUAAAGACAGAACUCCCUUACUUUGAUGUCUGCAUAUCAAAUACUCCAUAUCAGAUUUCUUCGCCUUUAGUAUUUAAGUUAUUGAAUCAGCCACGGCCACCUCGUGUUUCGAUACUCAUGUUUCAAAGAGAGUUUGCAUUGAGAUUGUUGGCGAGACCUGGGGACGCUUUGUAUUGCAGAUUAUCGGCAAAUGUUCAAAUGUGGGCAAAUGUAACGCAUAUAAUGAAAGUCAGCAAGAAUAAUUUUCGUCCUCCUCCUCAGGUCGAGUCGUCAGUAGUCAGAAUCGAAGUUAAGAAUCCCAGGCCGAACUUAGAUUUUCAUGAAUGGGAUGGCUUGCUAAGAAUAUGCUUUGUGAGAAAGAAUAAAACGAUUGCAGCUGGCUUUAAGUCGAAUAAUGUCAUUGAUAUUUUGGAAAAAAAUUACAAGAGUGUAUUAGCUGCUCAAAAUGCUCAAGACGGUAAUGACUCGAUGCUUGUCGACCAGAAGGAUUUAAAGGACCUUAUCAAGCAGAAGAUAGAACAGGUGUUGACUGAGACCGAAUAUUCUGACAAGAGAGCAUCUAAACUUGAUCAAACAGACUUUUUAAAGCUACUUUAUGCCUUCCAUCAAGUUGGUAUACACUUUGCAUGA